CAUCUUCUCCGCGCUGCAUUGAGCGAGCUCAAUAAAGUCAUUGAAAAUAUUCUAGACAAGCGCAGACUGGCCCGGGUGCAUGCACCAGCACAGCGCCAGUGCUGGUCGUAUAAAAACUGUGCUGUGCUGGUGCCAGAUGCUGUUUCUUUAGAGCCUCGCUCAUAUUCUCAAUUAGGCAUUUCUACAUCCUUUUACUAGCAAUGCAUUGCCACCUCCCGCUUAUAGCUCUUGUCACCCUGGCCUUGGUCAACGCGAUCCCUGUCGAGGCUGACAACACGAAAGAAAUGCUGCUUGAGAGGCGUGGGCUGCAGUUUGCUGCCAAUAACCUCUUCCCCAGCUCCCGCUUUGUUGGACCAGGCUUUUCACACACCACUGUGUUCCCUGGCCUGGCAUUCUCGGCUGGUAGUGGUCAGAUUUUCAGCGGUGGCG